GCUUAAACUUGUUUGACCAGGGGUUUUGGAAAGAAUUACAGCAAAAGACGUUAUCCAGUGGAGAAACACACCUGUUUGAGUUACUUACGAAAACAGCUCUUCAUGCUAAAGCAGAGGGAACUGUCACAAACUAUACAAAUAGUUUACGUAGAUGGAUAGAAUUCGCUAGAGUUAAAAGUUUCAAUGUUUUUCCGGCAUCGGUUAUAGAUGUUUCGCUGUUCAUAUCGCAUUUAUCCUCUACUUACAAAUCAUCCUCAGUUAUUCAAUCUAGUUAUUGUGCCCUUAAAUGGGUUCAUGAUAUUGCAGGGAUACAUAACCCCAUGGAAAACAAAUUUCUUCAAAAUUUGGUGGAGGGUGCCAAAAGAGAGCAUGCCAAACCAGUUUCCAAAAAGGCUCCUGUUACCAGUGAGGCCCUAGAGGAGUGUUGUACAAAGUAUCAGGGUUGUGACACACUCACUGUACGUAGAGACAUCUCUAUAGCAUUGCUGUUGUUCGCUGGGUUUCUUAGGUACAACGAGAUUGCAGACCUCAAAAUUCAAGAUGUGGUCAUCUGCGACACUCAUUUGCAACUAACAAUAAGAAAAAGCAAAACAGACCAAUACAGGAAAGGCAAUGAACUGGUCAUUCAUAGGUCGAACAAAAUCACCUGCCCAGUACUUAAUCUUGAAAAGUACAUGCGAGUUGCUUCCAUCAGUUUAGAUCACAGUGCAAAUUUUUUAUUCAGGCCGGUAACCCAUACCAAAGCAGGGUACAAGCUAAUCGACCGAAACAAACCUCUUAGUCAAACCAGAGCACGGGAAUCUAUCAUCGGUAGACUGCAGGAGUUCAUGGGAGACGCCAACAUUUCCUUGCAUUCAUUCAGAUCAGGGGGGGGGGGGCUACCAAAGCAGCCAAUGCCCAAGUGUCCGACCGCUGUUGGAAACGACAUGGCAGAUGGAAGUCGGAUACAGCCAAGGACGGUUACGUAG